GCCAGCUCAAUGCUGUCACUUUGAGCUUCGUCAGUCUUGUAGAGUCGGUUGGUCUGCAUGCUUGUGUCUGUUUCUGUCUGUCUGCCGGCCGCUACCCGGUUUUCACAUUUGUAACCAUACUGCCGUUACCUUCUUCGAGUGCCCCACGUGUCUUCUCUCUAUUUCUGUUGAGACGCUUUCAACUUAUCGGCAUCCUCCCAAACUGGUACUUAGAUCAUGGCUGAUGUUUUAUCGAAACGCAAUCGUUUUAAAGUGGAUCGAGUCGCCACCAAGGGCGGGAAUUCUGAAGACGAUGGCGACGAUUCAUCGGAGAAGGGAAAUAGCUCGGAGGCGAUUGAAAUGGGCGAACGUCCUGGUUCAGCCGCAUCUAAUGACGGUGAACGAGCGUCCUCUCCGACCGCUCUUUUGUCCAAUACCAAUACCUACAUGACGAUGAACGAUAAUAGCCAGCGGACGUACGCCGCCACCAAGAGCUUGCGUCACCAACUGACCCGCGAAGCUCUGCCACGUUUGGACAACUAUCGCAACAUCCUUUCGAUUCAGGCCGGACAUCGACCAACUCUAGACGAACUUCACAAUGCCACAAUUCACGAAAAGCCGCAGGGAGAAAAAACCACUGAGGUUGUUUCCGAUAACCUUGUCAAAUUCGGGUGGAUCAAGGGAGUUUUGGUGCGAUGCUUACUCAACAUCUGGGGUGUCAUGCUUUUCCUUCGCCUUUCAUGGGUGGUCGGACAAGCCGGAAUAGGCGAAGGAGUAAUCAUUAUCACGCUAGCCUGCGUUGUUACUACCAUUACCGGACUAUCAAUGAGUGCCAUCAGCACCAACGGCAACAUCAAAGGCGGCGGGACCUACUACAUGAUCUCGCGAUCGCUCGGACCAGACUUUGGGGCUUCUAUUGGUGUUAUCUUUGCAGUAGCCAAUGCCGUGGCAGUGGCCAUGUACACCAUCGGCUUUUGCGAGUCGCUCAAUGACCUGCUAAAGACCUUUGAUCUCAAAAUCAUCGACAAUGGUGUCAAUGACGUCCGCAUUAUUGGUACAAUCACGAUCAUUUUACUGACUGGAAUUGUCGUCAUCGGUCUCGAAUGGGAGACGAAGGCGCAAAUUGUUUUGUUGGGCAUUUUGAUUGUCGCUCAAGUGGCCUUUGUCAUCGGAAGCAUCAUGGGCCCAAUGGACGACUCGGAAAAAGCCAAAGGGUUUGUGGGUUACAGCGGUGAACGAUUCGUUGAAAACUUUGGACCUGAUUACCAAUACAGCGAAGGCAAAGAACACAGUUUUUUUACCGUAUUUUCCGUCUUCUUUCCUGCCGCUACUGGUAUCUUGGCCGGAGCCAACAUUUCUGGAGAUCUUAAAGAUCCUCAAAAUGCUAUUCCAAAAGGAACCAUGCUAGCCAUUGUCAUUACCAGCUUGACUUAUGUUGGUUUCGCCAUUAUUUGUGGUGCCACAAUGAUGAGACAAGCCACCGGCAAUAUUGAAGACCUCUACAACGGUACUCUUACCAACUGCACCGAAGGUUGCGACUGGGGUCUUCAGAACAGUUUCCAAGUUAUCGAACUGGUUUCUGCUUUCGGUCCUUUAAUCUACGCCGGUUGUUUUGCCGCUACACUCAGCUCUGCCCUGGCCAGUCUUGUCUCUGCACCCAAAGUGUUCCAGGCCCUUUGCAAGGAUAAGCUUUAUCCUUAUUUGGGCCCCUUUGGUCGUGGUUACGGCAAGAACAACGAGCCCGUCAACGGAUACAUCUUGACAUUCAUCAUCGCUUUGGGAUGUAUCAUUAUAGCCGAGCUAAACGCCAUCGCCCCACUUAUCUCAAAUUUCUUUUUGGCCGCUUACGGACUGGUCAACUUCUCAACUUUCCACGCUGAGCUCGUCAAGCCUGUUGGAUGGAGACCCACUUUUAAGUAUUACAAUGGAUGGUUGAGUUUAAUUGGAGCCAUUCUUUGCUUGGCCGUCAUGUUCUUGAUGAACUGGCCCACCGCACUCGUCACUUUUGGUUGUCUAUUUGCAUUGUACCUGAUUAUCAUCUACCGCAAACCCGAUGUGAACUGGGGGUCAUCGACCCAGGCGCAGACAUAUAAGGCAGCCUUGAACAGUAUCCAAGAACUGGUGCACAUCGAAGAACACGUUAAGAAUUAUCGACCCCAAAUUCUCGUGCUGUCUGGUUUGCCCAGCGCUAGACCGCCUUUGAUCGAUUUUAGUUAUUCGAUUUGCAAGCAUUUGUCCAUGAUGGUUUGCGGACACAUUGUCAAGAACCCUUUGAACCAGCGUCUCCGCACUUCCUACACACAACGAAUGUAUCAUUGGCUGCGCGAUCACAAGAUUAAAGCUUUUUACAGUCUGGCCGAUAACACAGGUUUCAAAGAGGGAGCUCAGGCGUUAAUGCAGCUCAGUGGUCUAGGCAAGAUGAAACCCAAUUUGGUCUUGAUGGGUUAUAAACGAGACUGGAAUGUUUGCCCUGAAGAUGAUCUGAAUGCUUAUUUCGGAGUGAUCCAUGCUGCUUUUGACAUUUAUUUGUCUCUGGCUAUUCUGCGCGCCCCUGAAGGAUUAGACUUUUCUGGUCUAAUUGCUGAAUCUUACAUCACUCCUAUUCCGGUACCUAUUGCCGUACCGGGGGAACAAGAUGCCAUUCCGACCGUUUCGGCCGACGUAGCCGACGGAUCUGCUAGCCUAAAACCUUCAGCUAGUACCGCAUCUGGAUGGAGUGAAAAGAAAACCUUGAAUCAAUCUCAAGAAUCCCUUCAUUCUCACGGAAGUAGCGCUGAGCAGACCCCGCCCGGCACUCCGGCCAUGAAGCGUGCAAAUGAUUUGCAAGCUGAUUCGCUGGCCGGCUCCACCGCCGUCGUCAAUCACACUGGACUGGGACUGAAAAAGAAUAAGAAGAAGGGAUCCCGAGAAAACCUUUUUACCGAUCCAUCUGGGAAUCCUCUUCCCAAGGAACUCUUGAACAGCGUGACUCUCUUUCAACGGAAACAAAAGAAAGGAAUUAUCGACGUCUGGUGGCUAUACGACGACGGAGGACUGACGUUGCUCUUGCCCUACAUUCUAACAACCCGCCCCAAUUGGAGUUCGUGCAAACUGCGAGUCUUCUGUCUGGCCAACCGAAAAGAAGAAUUGGAUAGUGAACAAAGAAGGAUGGCCGCCAUGUUGUCUAAAUUUCGAAUCGACUUUUCCGACGUGAUUGUCAUCACCGACAUUGUCAAGAAAGCGUCUGAAUCAACGCGCAACUAUUUCGACGGGCUUAUCAAAAAUUUCGUCAAGAACGAAGACGGCCAGGACGCCAGAAUUACGGAAUCUGAAAUGAUCGCCCUUCGUGACAAAACCAAUCGCCAUAUGCGGCUACGUGAACAGCUGCUUCUCCACUCCAAAACUUCCAAUCUGAUUGUCAUGACGCUUCCAAUGCCUCGAAAGGGAACGGUGAGCGCGCCGCUUUACAUGGCCUGGCUCGAGUUAUUGACAGCCAAUAUGCCUCCCUUCCUGCUGGUCCGCGGUAACCAGACAUCCGUCCUCACUUUCUACUCGUAAAAAGAGAGAAGGAAACAAUGCGGAGCCUCCGCCCUGCUGAUCUGAAGGGGGCGAGAGAAAAAGAAACAGGACAACUUUCUUUGGGGUAGUGCGAGUGGUGCGAGUCGGAGCGAACAUCAGUGAAUUGUUGGAUAACAUCAACAAAUACUUUUUUAGUUUGACUACAUUUUCUGUAGUGCUGCUUUUAUUAUACCUCCACGACUCUACGUGUACUUAGAAAUAAGUAGGGAAAAAUGCCUUCAUCUAAUCCAGUCUACCAGCCAACUACAGUCACAUAUGAAAGACACAAGGAAUGGUCUACCAACUACAUCACUGAACGUGUCAUCCCAGGCUGUUAUCAGAAACCACACCUUCAACGAUUAUUGCUGGCUGGAGCUAUACUCCUUGCAAUUUUGGGACUUGGCCUUGCCAUUUAUGCUUUGGUAAAUGAUGUAAACACACACAAGGAUGAGUCUGACAUAGAGCCCAUGCCAACAUUUGAUGACAACUCGGAAGAGAACAUUGAGCAAGAGGAAGUUCCAGAGACUGAUGCCAAUCACGAUCAUGAAACAAAUGUCAUCUUAGGGUCAAUUGGCAUUUGCUUGAUCCUCAUUAGUCUAGUGAUGUAUGUGGUAUUCCUAAAGCUAAAAGGAAUGUGUCGAGGAUUUUUACCCCAGCACCACAAUCCAAGAGCUGGCAACUUGAAUACUUCUGGUGGACAACCAGUUCACAGCGAAGCAAGCCAUCAAUCGGCGAUCAGCUACAAAGGAGUACAGCAAGAACCUGGUGCUCUCAAUCUUGAACCAGCUGCUCCUGUUGAAGAAGAGAGACACUCUUUGAUGGAUAGCAAAUUUCAAAGUGAGGAUACAGAGCGGAUGAUGGAUGACGAUCCACGUAUUGUUCUUAAGCCACUCCGCACGGCGGAAGAGGCUUAGAUCGAACCAAGCAAUUAUAAAACCAUCAUCACUAAAACAUCCCAUUCGUACAUCCCAUUCCUUCAUACUAAGUACCGAAGCCGAACAUUCUACCGAAGCUCCCCCGAUUCCCAAGCGUCGUCGCAGCACGCCUAGCCGCUUUUGCAAGCGCGGUCGAAUCGGCGCUCCUCUUGCUUCUACAGAAACUCUUUCCCCUUCGCUAGCCUCUUCAUUCUGCUCCCAGGACAUAAUUUUCUUUGACGACCAGUCCAGUUGUCAUGGUGACAUGGAUGAAUCCAGUUACUCGCAGGUGCCCUCGUUAUGCUUGCAGCCUUCACCUGUACCUAGCCACCAUAGCGGGGGUCAUAGCGUUUAAAUUGAGAAUUGCACUAGCGUCUCGGAAUUCGAUUUAAUAUCCAGCUCGCCCUAUUUCUCUUUCACUAAUUUUCUAAUUACCGUUGCCUUGAAAUGAUUCUUUGUAAUUGUUUCCAAUCUCAAAAUUUGCGUGAAUUUCUCAAUAUUUUAACAUUUGUAUUUCUCUAACAUGACGCAGCUUGUUUUCUUUUUUUUUUGUCUCCCAUUUUUCACUAAUCUCGCACAAAGGCAAAAUUUUGCCUGAUGGGUUCUACUAAUAAUGGGUACAUCAGGUUGUUUCCUCGUUGCGUUCGUUAAAUGUCUUUUGUUUCCCUUUAUUGUGUUCUGUUCUCCACGUAUAGGCACUUUGCAGUUUAUGACGAUUUGUUAACCAAUUUAAGUACUGUCACGUGCAAAGAAGGGCCAGAUGUAAUCAAUCGUCUGUGAAUGAUUCUGAAUUGUGAACGCUCUACACAUUUGUACUACUUUUAUAAUAUUGUUUCCUCACAAUCGAUCACAUGACAUGCCACAAAAUACACGUCAAGCCACGAUUA